AUGGAAUCGACAGACGACAGGAAUCCUGAUAUUCUGUUGAAAUACAUCAACUCGUCUAACUUUACAUUAUACAAUAAUAUUGAAUACUUGACAAGGUACGCUGAUAACAUCGGCAUUCAUUUCUAUCUUUGUGAGAAGCUUUUAAGUUUCCCCCAUAAGGAGCUUCAAUUUUACAUUCCGCAAUUGGUACAGAUUCUUUUGACAAUGGAAACGGAAUCAUUAGCAUUGGAAGAAAUUCUUUUAAGGUUGAGCUCUGAAAACCCUCACUUUGCACUAAUUACAUUCUGGCAGUUGCAAGCGUUAUUGGGGGAUUUGGCGCAUGAUCCUACAUCUUAUAGCUUUCAAGUAGCACGAAGGGUAUUGAACCACUUACAGUUUAUUUUGUUCAAUACAACCAGAAAAAAUGAUAAUGAAAAGAUUAAUGAAAACAUAGCGCCGGCUUUGAUCUUAUGCUCAAUGGUUACCACCGGCUUUGCAUUCCCUGGACUAUUAGAACACACGAAACCCUUGAUUAAAUCUCAGGGACGAAGGCAAAAGAGCUAUGUUUUCAAGCUUGCGAAGCAUGCUAUGAAAAACUUAACGAAAAACCUCACAUUGAAGAACACUUUAGCCAACUCUUCAUCUGGACGUAAAGUUUCAUCAGACUCUGUAACUAAUAUUGCCAACGUUGACCUUGUAGAUACCGUAACAACUAAAGAAGACGUUACUUAUAAAAAAAAGAGGCAAGACUCAAUAUCUGAUCUAAGCUUCGAUAUGGUCGACGACAUAGGCGAAAAAUUAUUUGAAGAUCACAUCUCAAAUUCUAUUAAAUUGCCCAAACGGAGGGACACCUCAUAUAUCCAUGCGGUAUACAAGAAUCCGCCGAUAACUGAGGAAGAAUACACAAAUUCAAUGCCUGACCUAAGAGCAAGGUCAUCUUCUUCUGCAUCAAUGCCGGAUCUGUCGGCAAAAAAGUCCAUGGAUGCAAUAAGAGAAACUACAACAAAUCCUUCUUCCUAUAAUGAAUCCAAACGUCAAAUGAUCGACGUCACGCACCUUUCCACAACAAAAAAAAUUAAAUUAUUGAAAGUGAACUACUUCCAUUGUUGUACGCAGUUCGCCAUAGCACUUGAAUCGAUUUCGCAAAGAUUAGCACAAGUUCCUCCUGAAGCCAGACUCAGUGCUUUGAGAGCAGAAUUGUCCAUCUUAAACCGUGAUUUGCCAGCCGAAGUUGAUAUUCCUGAACUAUUGCCAGUUAAUAAAAAGGGCAAACUACAUAAACUUAUCAAGAUUUCAGCAAAUGAAGCUCAGGUGUUAAAUUCUGCAGAAAAAGUUCCAUAUUUACUAUUCAUCGAGUUUCUCAAAGAUGACUUCGAUUUUGAUCCAACGUCUGAACAAAAUAUCAAACUACUGGAAAACAACCCUCGUAGCUCUUAUAUCUUUGAUUUAAGCUACGUGAAACAGAAUAACGCACCUUUUAAAGCUAACAUGCCACUAGAAACAUCAUCCGGAUCGGCCAAUCAAGAAAUGGAUCUUGCGGAUGUUUCAAUGGUUAAAUUAACUAAUCAAUCCGAGGCAGAAAAUUACAGGCAUGAAUUGAUGAUGAAAAAUGCCAAAACUGUGCCGGUAAUACCUCCUGAUUCACACACUCGUGGAUCUGAACUCGAUUUUGUCGCAGAUCUACAAGAAGCGACCGAGAGGCUCACUGACAUCAAACUGCAUAGAGACUCUUCUGAUGAUUUAGCUACUCAGAUGAGAGUGUCUGCCAUGAUGUUAGCACAACUAGACCAGUCUCCACAACAACUAUCUGAUAGUGCCAAUCAAAUCAGAGCCAAGAUUAUUGCGUCAAUGCAAGAGAUGCAAGAUAAAUUCGGUUAUCGAGACCUUGAAGCUAUUCAUGGAAUGGCAGGAGAACGUAAGCUCGAAAAUGAUUUCAAAACCGGUGGUUUAACCACUUCAAACGAUAAAACAUCCACUUCAUAUUUAGGUGAAGAUUGGAACGCUAAGAAGGAAAAGAUAAGGAAAUCUAGUGAAUUCGGACAUUUACCCAACUGGGACUUAUGUUCUGUUAUUUCAAAAUCUGGUGAUGAUUUGAGACAAGAAGCUUUUGCAUGUCAGUUGAUCCAGGCAAUGGCGGCGAUUUGGAGCAAAGAGAAUGUUGGUGUAUGGGUCAAGAAAAUGAAUAUUUUGAUUACAAGCUCCCAUACCGGGUUGGUUGAAACAAUCACCAACGCCAUCUCGGUUCAUAGUAUUAAAAAAUCAUUAACUACUCAUAUGAUAGAAGAAGGUUCGCUGGACGAAAAAGGUGAUAUCGCAAGCUUAUUAGACCAUUUUUCACGAGUAUAUGGAGAUCCAAAUGGCUUCAAGUUCAGACAUGCACAAGAUAAUUUUGCUUCUAGUUUAGCCGCGUACUCCAUCAUCUGCUAUUUGCUACGAAUUAAGGAUAGACACAACGGUAACAUCAUGAUAGAUAAUGAGGGACAUGUUGUUCACAUCGAUUUUGGCUUCAUGUUAUCUAAUUCUCCUGGCUCUGUGGGAUUUGAAGCUGCUCCGUUUAAACUCACAUAUGAGUACGUUGAAGUUAUGGGAGGAUCAGAAAGUGAAACUUUCAAGAAAUUUGUUGAACUGUGCAAGGCUGCGUUUAAAGCGCUAAGAAAAUAUGCUGACCACAUCGUGUCUUUAUGUGAAAUAAUGCAAAAAGAUUCCUUACAACCAUGUUUCCAAGCUGGAGACCAGACCAGCGUUCAAUUACGUCAAAGAUUCCAUCUUGAACUUUCUGACGAAGAAUGCGAUGAAUUUGUGGAGAAUGUGCUAAUUUCAAAAUCUCUUGGUAGUAGAUACACGAGGCUAUAUGAUCACUUUCAAUUACUCACGCAGGGCAUCUAUAGUUGA